UGAGGAAACAACACACGGUCAGUAGAGGGACGAGACGGGCAGCACCACACGCUGAACAUGUCAAAACCUUCAGGGCCCCGGGCACAAAACCUCCACCCACACCAGGACCGAGCCUUCCUCACUGUUCACGUGACAGAUGGAGAACGCAUCGGCUGGAGGUCUCUGGACUCGUGUAGGUGUCGGCGCUGCGGUGUCCUCCCCGACACCCCCCCCCCCCCCCCCCCCUGGAUCACACGCUGAUCGGGCCUUCGUUGGAGCAGCGCGUCCCCGUGAAGCACGUCCGUGUCAACAGGCACGUGUGUCAUGGCCUCAUAUGCAGACUUUUGUUGCGUCGGCUGCUGCUCUGGUGUCUUCACCGAUGCAAAACUCUCAAAAGUCUCAAUAAACGUGCUUCAUGCAGAUGCGCAGCACGGGGAAGCGCACCGUAACAGCCGCUGGGACCUUUGGAGGUGAAGAAGCAGAGUAGGAGGCGACGACAGCUGCAUUACAGACCUGGCAGAGCAUCUUCAGGGACACGUUAGAUCGUCCCACCGCUCAUGUCGCCUUCUUAAUCCGUCGUGGCUAAUGGACCGCCUGAAGUUUUAAUGUGAACUCCCCAAGUAACUAAAUCUCCGCAAGACUUCCAGUCACCAGCGCGUCUCGCUAACAGCGCACUAAAUAUAUCCCGUUUGCACGGCCGGCUGUGCACCAGUGCAGCUCCACUCCGGUGCUGCAGACAUCUGGACGUUCGCCUCAAGGCCGCUCCAGGUCAGAGCAGAGCAGCUGGAACUUAACGGAGAUGGAAAGAGAAGAAGAAGAAAAAGGAGCAGAGUCUGAUGAUGCCUGUAGAAGAAGAACUACAGGAGAAGCGAGACAUGUGCCAUGAAAUGGUGGCAAUCAAAUUAAACCUCUCUUUGGGAAACGAGGCGUUGGAAUAAUGUCCUUACUCAUUUUCUGUCUUUUUCUUAAUUUAGGAAACCGCGUCUGCCGUGUCUCUGCGCGACUCCGACACAAGCGGAGCAGAGUUUCCCUCCGUGAAGGCCGGAGCCGUCUCUGGUUUCCCUGUCAGCAUCUCCUGUAACACGGCCGCCACUGGGCGAUGGGGGGAUUUUGUUGCCCACCAACAGCAGACCUCCCGCAGCCCGGCGGUGCGUUCAGGGCCCCUGCCAGACAGUUAUUUAUUGCGAUAAGUCUGGACUCCCUGACAUUAGUCGACUUCUACUGAGCUGCAAGGUCAGAACAGCAUGAGACCAGUCGCUGAGUCGGACACUGAUGCUGCAAUAUUAGGGAUUUGAUCAACUGGUGAGCAGAUAUUAAAAUCAGCCCUGACAUAACCACGUGAUGCUUUUUAGCCUCUUCAGCUCAUCAGCCUGGUGUCGACUGCACACUUGGUCGACUCGUCUUCGCUGGACUCCUGCUUUAAGUGUAUAAAGCGUGAUUAGCAACAGCGGGCUGUGUUGUCGUUUUGUCUAGUCGACACUCGGGUGUUUAUGUGGCGCCCAGCCGUCAUCUGAGGUGUCGCAAACCGCACUCGGCCUCACGGAGAUGCCUUUUUUUACAUUUUGUCAUGCGCCUGUAUUUGAGCUCCAGGUGUAUUUUUAAAGGGCGCCCCAGUACGUCUGCGUGGGAACGCUGCACGUCGGUCAGCGCUCUUGUUGUUGACUCCCAAAUAUUAAUCCCAGGUCCUAAACACACACACACACACACACACACACACACACACACACACACAGCAGCUCCCGUCCAGUCACAGAUAAUAAGAAGACGCGAGUCGCUAAUGUGUCUGUGGCUCCACGUGGGCUCAAGGAUGAACUGAUCAGGUUUUGGUCGACAGGUGUUCAAAUGAACAGCGUUCCAGAUUUUUUGUGGCCUUACUUGUGAAGGCAGGACUGGUUUGGGGAGAAACCAGAGCUUUCUGGCUCCAUUAUGUAAAGCAGCUGGCUAAUUGAAUUCAUGAAUUCAUCCCUAGUCAUGAUCACUUAAACAAGCAAUGUUUAAAUCUUAUUCUCAGUUGCAUUUUAUCUUCAUCCAGCCCAACUUGUAAUGCCCACGUUUGAAGUAUUAGCCUAUAAAUAACUAAUUAUUACAAGCGACCUGCAUUUUCUGUCUGGUAUGAUCAGCCUGUCCUGUCAGACCCCUAUUGAGACCUGUCAACGACCCCUAUUGGUCCGCGGACCUGUGCGCCAUGUGGCCCAGACUUUAGUUAGCCGCGUCUCUGCUCCCUUUAGGCUGGAAUGUGUGGAGCGGCUGUCUAGCGCCUGGGCGCCGCAGCUUCGUGCGCGCGUGAAGCACGGAGCCACCCCACGGGGCUCCAUCUCUGCGGGGCGAACCUGCCACUGUGGCCAUGAAGACCGAGCGAAGCUGCGAGGACGGGGAUCGGAGCCUCCGAACGGCGCCUGCCCCGGUGAUGCGGGACGAGAGCAAAUACGUGGACGUGGGCUUAGCGGACUCAGAGGAGAAGCGCUCGUGCUCCGGUGAAGUGAACCGCGCGUCUGUCGCUGAUGACAGUGACGCCGGAGCUCCGUGCGCAACUAACGCACGCCAGGUCGCCGUCGUUGUCAAGGAGAGCUCCUCUGGUCCCGCGACGUCAUCGGGUCCUCAAACUCCCGCAAAGUCGGGGGAAUGCGCCGCAGCGGGCGACGACGACGCGUGCGUCCCGACGCAGCCCGAGGCGACCAACCCGGAAGGCGGCGGGCGCGACGCGGCGGCGGGUGAAGAGGAACGCGGCGAUCACGAUCACCUGAGUAGGAAGAGCGAGUCGGACGACGACGAGGACGAUGAUGUCAGUUUGGUUCUGUCCGAUGAGUGCGUCCCGUGCGCAGUAGAGGACGAGUCCCACUACAUUACCACGCACGAGAUCCAGCUGUGCGAGCUGUCGGACCAUGAGGCGGACUGCGACCCCCGGGGCGGCUCCUCCGCCAGCUGGGACGUGGAGGACAACAACCAGGCGUACUCCUUUGUCGACUACGCGCCCUUCGACGGCGACGGGGCGGCGGGGGUCAGCACUCCGCUUGAAAGCGAUCCGUGCGACGCGUCCAAGCGCAACAGCUCGGACGAGGGCGCGUCCAGGGCGCGGCAGCAGCGGCGGCCGCCGCAGGCGCAGCGCGGCGGUGGGCGGCAGAUCCACCUGUCAAUCAGAACCACCUCGCGAGCUAUAAAUGACCCUGGCAGCAUCCACGAACGGGGGAAUAUUCUUUAUCAUGCCAGGCGCCCCGGGGACAUGAGCCGCUAUGUGUUAAGGGGAGUUGAUGGGAAGACGGAGACGCUGUGUGACAGGGCCAAGUGCUUCAUAGCCGCGCCCGGACGCCUGCACGUCGGCAAAUUGAGGGGCAGGGAGCUCACGGAGGGUUCCAGCGGCGAGUCCAGCGCUGUCAGCGAGCUGGACGACGCUGACAAGGAGGUGCGCAGCCUCACGGCCAGAGCCUUCAAGAGCCUGGCGUACCCGUACCUCGACGCCAUCAAUUUCAGCACCUCCAGCGAGUCCUCCGCGUCAGAGCGCGGCGUGGGGAUAAACAGGUGGUCCACGUUCGUGGACCUGAAGUAUGGCAACGUGAACCUGUCACGGGGCCUGGACCCCAACAAGAGAGCCCCGUUUGAGAUAGCGAAGAACCUGGAGAACAGGAUCAACCCCCCCACCAGCAAGAUCUUCACCCUGAAUGGCGCCCCCCACGGAGCCGCGUCGUCCACCAAGCAGCUAGAGCUGCUGGGUCAGUUCGGCCAGGGCCACGGCGGGCUGAUCAGGCUCACGGAGACGCUGAACUUUCGGUGUAAUGUUAAAUCGGGAAUGUCCGGGGGAGAAAGACGCGGCGGCAUCGCACAAACCCCCGCGGGGUCACGUUCCACGGAUGAAGUUACGCACGCUUUGCCAAGCGGCCAGAGGAGAGGGGCCAGCAGGAAUCCGCCGGCAAAAACCAUGGAAGGCACGCAGAAGAAGGCCAUAUUCGCGUCGAGCCUGAUCAAAAAUGUCAUUUCCAAGAAGAUGCAGUUCGAGCAGGAGCGCAAGAUGGAGCGGGGGGAGAUCUGCGAGCCGCGCCGCGGGGCCCCCCCGUGCGCCGCGCACGCGGAGGGCGACGGCCACGGGCGGAAGGGGAGCAGGGAGCUGCACAGGCAGAGCUCCAGGUUCUCCGAGAGCGGCUCGGACCUCGCCAUCGUGUGCCUGGACGACCUGGGGGACGUCGUGGACGGCGGCUCGUGCGACGGCAAGAGCGAGAGCGAGAGCCGGAGACGCGGCUCGGUCGCUCCCGCGGCAGAAACUAAUUUGGAGCCGUCGGACGAAGCCGGAAUCGAUACUAAAAAAGGCGCAUUGGAAGCGUGCAGGAGCACGCUGCUGCGCAGCCAAAAUAGCGCCUUCAGAUGCUGGAAGGACGAGGAGCUAGGGUUUCAAACGGAUCAUAAAAGCGAUCAAACCCCGGAGGAGAAGCCGCCUGCAGCUCGAGACGAGGACGCGGAGGACGAGCCGCGCGCGGCGGCCGGCGGCAAACUGACCAAAAUGUCCCAUUUGUUUGUGCCAAGUAUCCAACUGCCGCCCGGCGACGCACGGGACGGACGGCAGCUGCGGGACGGGCCGCGUUCUCCACGCGCGGGCGAGUGCGGGAUAAGGCGGCCAGCCGAGCACACGCUGCACGUGGCACACUCCAAGAGCGUCACCGCGUCCAAAUCGCCCGAAAUCAAAAUCAACUUGAGGAGCGUCAGAGACAGUAAAGCGGAGCCCUUCGGCGUCUCCAAGCUGCGCGCGCCCGACAUCGGCCGCGGCGCAGCCGCGCGCAGAGCGGACGACUUCAGGUGCCCGGCGCUGGCGGCGGCGCUCAAGGGGGAGGCUUCGGACAAAGUGCCGCAUUUCUUGGUGCGAGACAUUCGAGACAGCAAAGGCAAGCUGCAGACGCCGAUCCACCAAGUGAGAGACGUGCGCAAACUGGUCAAAAGCUCGUACCACUUCGUUUCUCUGGACAACAACGAGAACAAAUCGAACGCUGCGUUUGCGGAAAAUCACUCGGAGCAGAAAAAGCAAGCGCCCUCCAGGAACCUCGACUCCGUGUCCCCCAUAGUCAUCCAAUGUCAGUCUGUCAACACAAAUAAUAACGGGCAACCGAGUGGAAGCUCAGACUUGUCAGGACCAGAGCUGGAACCGGACCGAUCGUCUCCAGAGGGCGCUAAAAGCGCGCUCCCGCAGAGAGCGGCGGAGAGCGCGCCCGUGGGCGCCUCCAGCACCCCAGCGGACGGAGACGGCGGGUCAAAGAGCUCCAGAAAACAGGAGAAGCUGUUGGAUAUGGCGGACAAGAAACCCGAGUCCAAGGUUCUGAACCAGGUGGCGCUGGAGAAACUCCAGGCCGCGGUGAAAACCAUGGAGCAGCUGUAUGUGUUCGAGAAGAACGAGUGGAAGAGGAAGAACGAGCCCGAGCCCCUGACGGACAGCCACGUGCUGUCCCUGUUGGCCAGCGGGGAGCACGGGGGGCCCGAGGAGGACGGCGCCAGGCCGCCCACGGACCGGGCCUUCAGCAGAGACUCCUACCCCGGCGCGGCGAGGACCCCGCCGGCGCCGGGGGAGCCUCCUGCCGGCGCCGGCGCCGACGGCGUACUGCGGCGCGAGGACAGGGACCCGGUCGGGGUCCCGCAGGCGUCCAGCGGCCGGAGCGACCGGCUGGCGGCCAAGUCGCUGCAAACCUCCAGCAGGAAUACGGCCGGCCAGAGCCCGAAGACGGGCCCCAACGCCAGGCCGAACCUCGCCGCCCAGGCGACCUUCGGCGCCCAGAGGUCGUCCAAGCUGCCGGUGUCGGUGAAAGUCGGCCAGGCGCGGCGAGGCGGGAGGGAGGGCGCCGACGCCAGGGCGCCGGACAGACGCGCGGAGGAGCUGUCGGGGCCCUCGGGCGACGGCGGGAACUACCUGACCAUCCCGGUCAAGUGCCGAGAUCGGGCGCCCCUGCGCUCCUUCAGCUCCACCAGCCCGCCGGCGCCGGGAUGCAGCACCCGGGUCCAGGAGGACUUCAGCCAGACGGCCUGCUCGCCGGAAAUCCCCUCAGCCGCCAUCUACCACUCUCUGCCUCUGGGCAUUUCCCCCAGCCAGCCACAGGUCUACUGCUUCUCCCCGGCCAUCACCCCCACGCCCCUGGACCCCUUCCAGGCCACCCAGAGGAAGAUGCUCCUGGACCCCAGCACCGGGAACUACUAUCUGGUGGACACGCCGGUGCAGCCCAGCACCAGGCGGCUCUUCGACCCGGAAACCGGUCAGUACGUGGAUGUGCCCAUUCCCCAGCCCCCCAUGACCCCUAUGCCCAUGCCCCUCUCACCUCUGGCGCUCAGUCCGGGAGCUUACGGACACACGUACAUGAUCUACCCGGGCUUCGUGCCCGCGCCCCAGGUGAUCCCCGCCCGGGCGCUGGUGCACUCGCAGGUGUCGGUGCAGUCGGAGAUGGAGAGCGGCGAGAAGCCCCCGGCUGCGCAGACGGAGGGCUUGUACAUGGAGAGCCCCUUCUACAUGGCCACGGGCAGGUCCUCGCAGGCCGCGCCCAGGGCCCAGCAGCAGGCGGGCGCCGGCAGGACGCCGCCGGGCGGCGCCGGGGCCAAGCGGCCCGUCAUCAGCAUCACGUCCCAGCAGGGGCCGCGCAUCAUCGCCCCGCCCUCCUUCGACGGGACCACCAUGAGCUUCGUGGUGGAGCACAGGUGAAGCCCACAGGGCUGAACUCUGACAGGAAGCUGCGCUGCUCUGGGUUUUGGCCUCAUCGUUGUGUUGUGUACCUUUGUGAUCUUUAUCAGCUGGAGGUGAUACUUCAGAGCCUGGGCCUGGGAUUUGUGUUUACAGGGGAGGUGUUAAGUGUAUAUCUCAUGCUUUGUUUGUGUCAUCACUUUGUAAAGUUCACAAACAAUGACUUUACUUAACAUUUGAACUCCAACCAUGUGCUUAUGUUGUCACGAAAAACUCUUACUCUGCACUUAUGCCCUUCGUAGUACGAGGCUGAAUAUUAAUUAACAGGCAGUAGAGGCCAUGAUGGGUAACAUUUUAAUCUUAGUUUCAUGUUAUUACCACAUGGUUAGACUCUGCACAGACAGAACAGACACGUCUCUAUGGAUGGAUUGUUCAGCCCAGUGUGACAUCAUAUCUAUAUAGUGUUAUCUGUACUGACACGGGCUCAUUACUGUGUAUAUAGUAGUUUACACACUGUGGAUCUGCUGGUCAGUCCAUCUUUAAUCUUUUUUAUUUUUUGAAUGAAUGAAUUACCAUAUUGUUUGUAAUAGGUGUGCAGUACAGUGGCUUUUCGCCUCUAUUUCUACAUUUCUGAUACUGUAGUAAACUUGUUUUAUCCAGCCCAGUCCUGCUGACACUGACAUAUUGAAUGAAAGCUUCUUCAGAAUGUCAAAUUAAAUUAAAUACUUAAAUACAAAUUUCAAAUGUGCAUGACAUUUAAUUAUUUUCUAAAACUUUGUCCUCUUUUUUUAAAAUCUUGUUUAAAGGACAUUAUGUUUAAGUGUAAAUAUUCUUUUCACAGGUCUGAGGCUUUGAUUUUUAACUGGUUGAUUUGCAUACCUUGUGUGCAGCUAUGGCCAUUAUACCACAGUACCACAUUAUAAAGGUACUUACCACUUACUAUAACGGAUCUUACAUCCGUUAUAGUAAGUGGUAAGUACCACUUACCACCAAGUAUAUCCGAGGGUAAAAGCAAGUACAUUUUGUGACGUGAGGUAUCUAAAACAUUUAGAUGAAGCUUUGACGUGAAAUGAUAGUGACUUGAGGAGGAUAGGAGCAUUUUUAUUUAUUCCAUGGUUACAUGUCUUGUCAGACAUGUAACCAUGGAGAAUUAAUAUGAAAGAACAACUGCAUUUUUCACCACGUGUUUUGCUUUAGUUUGAAAUGUAUCACCUGAAGAUGUGACAUUUUAUGCUGAUUGUAAAUGUGUUUGAGCAUCUUUAAAAAGUGUAAUAAACAGGAAACACUUUUGCA